GUGAGGGGGGGGUCGUCAUGCAUCAACAUCAACAAACAUUUAACAAUAUCUGGAUACCUAGGUGAGUUUAGGAGAAACCUAUUCACGUUAUAGACAAAAAGAAUACACACAAGUGAACCAGCGACGUUUGGAUGUUUGCUAAACAGAUGCUACCAACGCUAAUUGAGUUUGUGUGGCGUUAGCCCGACGGUUAGCAGCCACAGAGCUCACAAGAGACUUUAAAAACACAAAUGUCGUCAAUGUUCGUGUCUGUGCGGUGCAGUUUCAGCUGGCACCAUCUGUACAUGUGAGGAGCUGAACGAUGGCAAGCUAGUUGACGCUCAUACUCGCUGUCAGCAGUAGCCGUCAGGUGCUAGCUCCCGAUAGGAGCUCAGGUCAUUGUUCAGGUGCUUUUAAAUUCAGCUCGGCAAGCGUUGGUUUAUACAAUAAUCUUAGUCAAAGCGGGGGGAAACAAAGGGGAAAAUGGCUGGCGACGCUGGCAGCAUCCCUGAACUGGACCAAAAGAAGUACGAUGCAGACGAACAGGUGAAGAUCAUCUGUCUGGGAGACAGCGCAGUCGGUAAAUCUAAGCUGAUGGAGAGGUUUCUCAUGGACGAGUAUCGUCCCCAGCAGUUGUCAACCUAUGCUUUGACUCUCUACAAACACACAGCCACCGUAGGAAACAAAACAGUAGCGGUCGACUUCUGGGACACCGCGGGUCAGGAGAGAUUUCAGAGCAUGCAUCCCUCUUAUUACCACAAAGCACAUGCAUGCAUCAUGGUUUUUGAUGUUCAGAGGAAGAUUACAUAUAAGAAUUUGGCCAACUGGUAUAAGGAGCUGAGGGAGUACAGACCGGAGGUGCCCUGUUGUGUGGUUGCCAACAAAAUCGAUGCUGAUUUGAAGGUGACACAGAGAAGCUUUAACUUUGGGAAGAAGCAAGGACUCCCAUUUUACUUUGUAUCAGCGGCUGAUGGAACUAAUGUAGUAAAGAUGUUCAGAGAGAUGAUCAAGAGAGCAGUGGACUACAAGCAAAAUCCCGGCGACUUCAUGGAUGAAGUGAUGCAAGAAUUGGAGAACUUUGACCUGGAGAAGAAAGAAGAUAAUUCAGAAGCAGAUGAGGACGGACUAAAAGCAGAGAGUCCCGACUUGGUCUGAUAGAUGUUUACAGAUUCCCCAAACCCUCUUCUCGUCUCAUGGAUAAUUUAUCCUCCUCUGGGGUUGAUGCUGUGAAUAGAUUAUGUUAUUACUCAAAAUGCCAGAGAUCUGUGAUUCUCUGUGACGGACACCAUCAACAGACACAUUGUUUGUCCUUACAUAAUUUUGGUGGUCUGCUUUGUAACUCUACCACUGAAGGUUGGCAGACAUUGUUUUAGUCAGGUUUUAAGUCACUGCCCUCCAUCUGUCCAGUUGCAUUUUGGCAGGGAAAUAAACCUGGUGGGAUAAUUAGGAAUUGUGUUGUUUACCAGGUUAAUUUGUUUUAGCAUUAUCAUUCAUACAUUGUUGAAUAAUAUCUACUAUAGUAAUAGUAGAAAACCAUACAAUGAUACUCAAUGUUUGCUUAUUUUGUGUCAUGUAAUAAGAAUGUGAAGCAUUGAAAACAAACUCACACAGAACAAGGAGAACGUGUGAUUAUGAACCAUAUUUGCUGCUGUUCUCAGUGUUUGUGUGUGGUGUUGUGUGCAGUGCCAAUGGGGAGCUGCAUCUAUUGGCUGCUUUUGUUGCAUUAAUUUUAUGACGUAAAAAGUCUGUUUUUCAGUGCCCUUUAAAUGAAAAUUUAAUGGACCGUGUAACCAAAAUUGUUACGUGUCUCUUUCUGACUUUCAGAAAAGAACUGAGUAGUCAACCUCAGCAUAUAAGAUGCAGCUACCAGCCAUGUACGAGUAGACAUUAGCUGUAUUGAACUCUUGUGAAAUGCUCAGCCAGCUGUGUCCUUCAUGAUGGACUUGAGGUGGUUGUCUGUACAUUCAUUCAUAUUAACAGAACUGUUGAAUGAAGAACUUUGAACCAGUUU